AUGUUGUGGCCUAAUAAUAAUAUAUUUGUGGCAAUGUUAUUUAUUUGGGCCUUGGGUGGUGCACAAUUACAAAAAAUAAUUUUUAACGGUUCAAAUUUUUGUGAUUAUGUUAAAUUGUGUCAUUGUUCUUCUGAUAGAACGGAGAUUGAAUGUCGACAAACUGGAAUAAAUAAUUUUACAUCUCAAUCAUUUCCAACAACAACCAUUAAAUUGAAAAUAAUCUGGAUAAGGUUUGAAAAAGGUUGA